UACGUUGUGAUCUAGACACGAGUUGCUUACUUCAUGCAAGUAACAACGUGAUCUUUUAAUUAAAAUAGAAAUUGAAAGAAAAUGUGAUGGACAUUGUCAAAAGCAAUGAAGAAAGAUGUAUUAUUCGAAUUUUUAAAAUAAUUUAGUCUUCCAAAUAAUUUAUAAAUGUAUUACAGUAAUUGUUUAUUACAUAAUUUUACCAAUAAUUAUAUGCUGUGAUUAAUCAUUUAUUGUAUCUAUUGCAGACAUGUCAGAACAUGUUGAACUGCAUCAUUUACUUGAUGUUGACAUUGAAAAAAGCACAACAAUACAACAAAAACGAUUUUCAAUUCUAAUGUGCAAAUCAUGCCCUUAUCUUGGUCUAAUCUUGGCAACAUUAUCAUCAUUAUUUUUUUCAUUAUGUAGUGUUAUUGUAAAAGGUUUAGUAGAAGUAAAUCCAAUGGAAUUGGCAGCAUUUCGAUUUGUGGGUGUAUUACUACCAGCAAUACCAAUUGUAAUUUAUAAGGGCGAACAUCCAUUUCCAAAGGGCCGUAGAUUAAUGCUAGUAUUAAGAAGUUUUGUUGGGACCACUGGCCUCAUGUUAAGUUUUUAUGCAUUUCGGCAUAUGCCAUUAGCUGAUGCAUCUGUUGUAGUAUUUUCUGUUCCUGUAUUUGUAGCCAUAUUUGCAAGAAUAUUCUUAAAAGAGCCUUGUGGGAUAUUUAAUGUUAUAACAGUCUGUUUGACAUUAAUUGGUGUAAUUUUAAUAACACGUCCACCACUCAUCUUUGGACAUACUAUUGAAUCGCUUUCAAAUGGACAUAUAAAAACACAACAUGCAGACUUAUGGGGUGCUGUAGCAGCUUUUUCUGCAACUCUCUUUGGUGCAAAUGCAUAUGUUUUACUACGAGCUUUAAAAGGUCUUCAUUUCUCAGUAAUUAUGACAAAUUUUGGAUCAUUUGCCUUGAUUCAAACAAUAGUUAUAUCUUGGGCUAUAGGUGCAUUGUGCUUACCUCGGUGUGGAACUGACAGACUUUUAGUUGUUGCACUUGCUCUUUUCAGUUUUGGGGGUCAAAUACUACUAACAUUAGCUUUACAGAUGGAACAAGCAGGACCAGUUGCAAUAGCAAGGUCAGCAGACAUAGUUUUUGCCUUUUUUUGGCAGGUUUUAUUUUUCAACGAAAUACCAAAUCCUUAUUCAGUAGGAGGAGCAAUUGUAGUUACAAGUUCAGUUCUAUUAACAGGGCUAAGAAAAUGGGCUCUUUCAUUACCAGAGACAUCCAAUGUUAAAAAGUCUUUAGGUAUUUUGGUGAUGUAAAUUAUAAAUUAUAAAUGAAAACACAUAAUGUUAAAAUUAUAUUAUUUCAUUAAAAUUCCUGUUGUGCAAUUUUAAUAAAAGAAAAAGAUCGAAUUAUAAAUAUAAUUUUAACUCAUAAAAUUUUAUAAAAUCAAAUUAGAUCUUCGAUCUAAGAAGAUAUUCCAUUGAUCCAUGACAUUUUUUAUAUUAUAUAUUAUAAAUUUACUUAAUAUGUGAAAUUAAUAAUGAAUGCAAGAUUAUUAAAUUUUUAAAAUAUUGAUUAUUUACAAUUGAUGCCCAAAUUAUAAAAU